AUGGACAGCAACAGUAACAGCAACGGCACCCGCUACGACCUAAAGGCGGAGGAGAGUCGCGAAGACGCCAUCCGCAAGAUCAAGACGGCCGGCAGCCUGUCCAUCUCGCCGGAACUCUUUGAGAAGAUCUAUCUCUCGCCCAAGAGUCGUGUGCAUGGCGAUCUGCGGUCCAUCGUUGGAAACCCUACGCCUUUAGGUGUCUUCGGUUUCAUCAUCAGUUUGACUCCCCUUAGCUGUGACCUGAUGGGAUGGCGAGGCGGUGGCGGCGGAGGUGCUGCUUUGAUUGGCGCCUUCUACGGCAUUGGCGGCGUUCUCAUGCCCAUCGCUGGGAUCCUGGAGUUUAUCCUUGGAAACACCUUCUCUUUCGUUGUGUUUUUGUCUUUUGGCGCCUUCUGGCUCGCAACGGGCAUCACGAUGACGCCCUUCUACAACGCUGCCGGUGCAUACGACCCGUCGAACCCGGCCAAUCCAGGCUUUCACACUUCUUUCGCCUUUAUCUACGUCUUCAUGGGCCUCCUCUGCCUCAUCUACCUCAUCUGCGGCAUCCGCACCAACGUCGUCUUCGAGAUCAUCUUCCUGACCCUCACGCUGGGCUUCUGUCUUCUGGCGGGCUCGUACUGGCAGCUGGCGGCUCUCAACUCGACGCUGGCUGACAAUUUGCAAAUUGCCGGCGGCGCCUCCUUCUUCGUCGCCUGUCUCGCUGGCUGGUACCUCUUCUUCGUCCAGAUGCUCGCCAGCGUCGACUUUCCGUAUACGCUGCCUGUCGGUGAUCUGAGCCGGCGUAAGACAGGGAAAUGGAAAUGA